CAAAACAAAAGAGAAAGUUCAUACAAAAUACAUUCUAAGUGUUCGUCGGCAUAGCGUGUGAGCAUCUGAGGCGUUCAAUAAGGUGGCGUGAAGAUGUGAAGUGCCAAAUAAACUUCUCGGCGAAUAGCAGGACUUCUGGGAGGAGCCUGGCAGCCAAGAGAGUGAGGUACACCCUCUCAGCAUCUCUCCUGAGCCAGCGAGGGAUAUACGCUCUUUCCAUGCUGGAAGAUUGAAAGAUGCUGAAAAUCAAAGGAUCAAAGUAGUGAAAUUUAAAAGAAAUUUCGCCAGAAAUGGAUUCAAGUCUAAACGGAUAAACCUAAACUCCUUGUUUGAGCCCCAGGACGAGUGAUUGUUCUUUUCCUUCUGAGUCUGUCUCAAAGGCUGCCCCUCUGCACUGCCAACAUGCCAGUUCUGGACCAAGAGCCCUCUAAAGGUUUUGGAGGAAGAGAUGGUCUUCCUAAGCUGCCGCUCCCCGCUCUGAAAGACACACUGGACAUGUACCUGAGGGGUAUGAUCCACCUACUCACAGAGGAACAGUUCAACAAGACCCGACAUGUGGUGCAGCAGUUUGGAGCACCUGGAGGAGUGGGGGAGCUACUACAGAGCAAACUCAUGGAGAGGAGGGACAACAAGGCAAACUGGGUGUACGACUACUGGCUGAAUGAAAUGUACCUGAACAACAGACAGGCUCUGCCCGUCAACUCCAGUCCUGUGAUGGUCUUCCCACAGCAGCACUUCAAGGCUCCCAUGGACUCUUUAAGGUUUGCUGCUCACUUAAUUUCUGGGGCUUUGGAAUACAAGACUCUUCUUGAUUCACGUGCCCUGCCUGUGGACUAUGCUCGGGGCCAGCUGGCUGGAACUCCUCUUUGCAUGGAGCAGUACUAUCGCCUCUUCACUUCCUACCGCCUACCGGGGCCUGAGAGGGACACACUGGUGGCCCAGGAGAGUAGCGUGAUGCCAGAGCCUGAACACAUCAUUGUGGCUUGUAAAAACCAGUUCUUUGUGCUGGAUGUGGUUAUCAACUUCCGCCGACUGAAGGAAAAAGACUUGCUCACUCAGCUGGAGAAGAUCUCCAGGAUGGCUGACAGCGAAGAAGAGCAGCUCCCACCUAUUGGGCUCCUCACUUCAGAUGGACGGACAGAGUGGGCAGAGUCUCGCAGUGUGCUAAUGAGAGAGUCUACUAACAGGGACUCUCUGGACAUGAUUGAACGUUGUCUGUGUCUGGUCUGUCUGGAUGACGCCAGUGGGCUGGGGCUAAAUGACGCAACCAGAGCCAUGUUGAUGCUGCACGGCGGAGGAGUGGCCAAGAAUGGGGGCAACCGCUGGUAUGACAAGCCAAUGCAGUUUGUUGUAGGAGCUGACGGCUGCUGCGGAGUUGUGUGUGAACACUCAGCAUUUGAAGGAAUUGUCCUUGUGCAGUGCACAGAAUAUCUGCUGAAAUACAUGAUUGGAAGCCCAUCAAAGCUGGUCAGGGCGGCAAGUGUGAGCGAGCUGCCUGCACCACGCAGGCUCCGGUGGAAAUGUACUCCAGAGAUUCACAAACUCCUCGCCUCUUCUGCUGACAAACUACAGAGACAGGUGAAAAAUCUGGACAUGAAUGUCCACAAAUUCUUCGAUUACGGGAAAGAGUUCAUCAAGAAGCAGAAGAUGAGUCCCGAUGCCUACAUCCAGGUUGCUCUUCAGUUAGCCUACUACCGAUGUCACGGCAGACCGGUGUCAACCUAUGAGAGUGCUUCUAUUCGGCGUUUUCAGGAGGGCAGGGUCGACAACAUCCGCUCAGCCACACCAGAAGCUCUGGCCUUUGUCAAAGCAAUGACUGAUGGGAAACUGAGCACGAACGAUACAGAGAAGAUGGAGAUGUUACGAAGUGCCAUAACCGCGCAAACAAAAUAUACUAUUCUGGCUAUUACAGGGAUGGCAAUAGACAAUCACUUACUAGGACUACGUGAAAUUGCACAUGAACUGAAGAUGGAGAAGCCAGAAAUAUUCAAAGACGAAGCUCAUCUCAUCAGUAAUCAGUUCAUUCUCUCUACAAGUCAGGUUCCUACUACUGUUGAGAUGUUCUGCAGCUACGGGCCGGUGGUUCCAAACGGAUAUGGAGCGUGCUACAACCCCCAAUCAGACCACAUUAUCUUCUCAGUGUCCAGUUUCCGCGAGAGCUCGCAGACAUGUUCAGCAGAAUUUGUCAAGAGUCUGGUGCAGGGACUCCUGGACAUGAGGGAUCUCUGCAAUAGAUGUAACUACGGCUCCAACCCGGCGCAGCAAAGACAGGGUCAGACCCUUGAGACGCACACGCAGACAGACACAAACUGGCCAAACAAAGCACCUCAGAGACCAACUGACCUUACCAAGAAUCAGCAAACACUGCCGCAGAUUCUACUGAAGACACCAGACCAGACUAAAGUGGAGGCUGAAACCCAGACUUCAUCACAGGAAGAGGCACAAGCUUUGAAGAAUGGAAAAAAAUCAUAGGGAACUGUCAGUGCCAGUGAAAAUAGUGGUGAUGUGAUUUUAAGUGUAUUUGUGCUGUCACAAUGUAUUCCUGGAGUCGUUCACAAAAUAUGCACUGUAACUGUGAUACAAAAUGUUACGUAAAGCUGUUCGUUGUACACUGUAAAAUGUAUGACAUGCUGAUGGUAAUUUACUUAGAGAAUAUUAGAGGUGUUUGGUUAUUAUAGAGGACAUUUUCUGUUGUCACAUACAAAAAAAUCAAGAAACGUCUGUCAAAAUGUGUAGGUUAAAAAAAAAAAAAAUCAAGCUGAGCUUUUGAUUGUUUUGCACUAAACUGUGAUGAAUCAGCCAAAGAAAAGAGUAAAUAUAUUUUUUGGUGUCAAGCAAAAGUAGUUUGUGAUCAUCUCACUAUAUGUCAACUUGCAAAUAGCAUGCUGCUAUCAUGAUUUUCUGAAGAUUAAGGUAACUUGUUUAAACUAGAAUCUUCUAUGCAAUUUCAAUGUCUAUAAAUUGUGUAUAAUGUACCAACAAUACAUGUGCUAAUAAUUACAUGUCUAAAAAUAAAAGUAUCCUUUUAUAAAGUCAUUCUGAGUUCUGUAUGCCAUAA